GAGCAACCCUAGCCCCUCAAACAACUAAGGAAGAAAAUUGGUGGAAAUGGCACAAAUAAAGACCCUGUACUCCAAGCUCAAUGCCCUUGUUCCUCACUCAAGCUCUGAGGAGAUGUCUUCUCUGCCAGAUCAACUUGAUGAAGCUAUCAUCUACAUAAAAGAGUUACAGACAAGAGUGGAGAAGCUGAAGGACAAGAAAGAGAGCUUGUUAGAGCCCGAAAGUCUAAAUACGGCCAGCCCGGUCAGCAGAUCUUCAAAAACAGCAAUACUAUCACCUGAAAUCAUGAUACAUGAGCUGGGCUCGAUUUUGGACGUCAUUCUCAUCAUGAACAACGUGGGCUGUAAUCAGCUCAUAUUUAAUAAGGUUGUUCGAGUUCUGCAGGAGGAAGGAGCUGAGAUCCUGAAUGCCAACUUUUCAGUAAUUGGUGAUGUCGUGUUCCAUAGCAUUCACGCCGAGGUUGAUAAGGAGUCCGCAGGAAAUUGUAAGGGUGCUGCGGCAACGAUAUCUAAGAGACUUAAGAAGUUCCUUCAUGACAGCUAAAUUUUAUGAUCGGAAACACUCUCUCGAGUUUACAUCUAUUGUGCAUAUCAGAAGCCAUCUUAGUCUGCACCGAAAAAAUAAAAAGAAAAAGAAAAAAAGAAGCCAUCUUAGUCUCAUGUGAAUUCAAUGGAAACCAGGGCUUCAUGAACCGUUCAUGCGAUGAAUGGUAGUGUUUCAGAGUUAUUGGUGUACUCCCUAAUUAUAUAAGCUGUGUUCAUUUCGCAAA